UGUCGGAGGGAGUCGGCUUGCUGGCCGCUGGCGGGGAAGGCAGGAUGGCGCAGAACCUGUAUGGCCCGGGAGUGCGAAUGGGCAACUGGAACGAAGACAUCUACCUGGAGGAGGAGAUCAUGAAGGACUUCUUGGAGAAGAGAGAUAAGGGACAGCUUCUCAUACAGAGAAACAGGAUACUCAAAGAGAAUCUUUUGAGACCGAUGCAGCUUUCCGUGACUGAGGAUGGAUACGUUCACUGUGGCGACAAAGUGAUGCUUGUGAAUCCCAGCUACCCGGAGACGGAAGUGGAUCGGUGUUUGGGUGGGGACCUGAGCCUGUGCGUGACUCCGGAUGAGACCACAGCCCACCUGAGUGACGAAUUAGAGGUCCCCUGUGGCCUGAGCGCAGCACAAACCAGGAUCCCCGUUGGCAGAAACACUUUUAUCAUUUUGAGUGCAGACAGAAAUGCCAUGGGCCAAGUCCUUAGAUACGGGCAGAACUUUUGCCUCGCGAUAACGGGAGGAUUUGAAGGCAGAAUGUUGUAUUUAUCAAGUGACCACAGGACCCUGCUGAAGUCAUCCAAGAGGUCUUGGCUCCAGGAGGUGUACCUGACUGAUGAGACCUCCUACCUGAACUGCUGGCAGGUUGCGUUCCUGGACCCCCAGCUCCGCCUGGAGUACGAGGGCCUCCCCGUGCCGGCAAAUGCAAAAGUUCUCAUCAAUCAUUGCCACACGAAUCGGGGACUGGCAGCCCACCGACACCUGUUCUUAAGGACGUAUUUCGGAAAGGAGGCGGAGGUGGCGGCUCGCACGGAUCUGGAUUCACACGGAGUCGAAAGGCCGAGGAGCCAUUGGAUGCUGGUGACUGGGAACCCCCGGAAAGACUCGUCCACCGUGCUGGACGUGCCCAAGCCGCCGGUGGAGGACACCCGAGCCCUGGAGCAGGACACCCGAGCCCCAGAACAGGGCGCGGACCCUGGGUCACAGUGACCUCAGUUGUGCGCCCUCAAACACCUAGUUUUGCCAGGUCGUGCCCCAGGCUGUUUUUAAGCAAAGCAUAGAAGUCCCUGAACACUAUGUUAAAGCCAGGGCUGCGUGAGGAUUAUUGAACUCGUGUGGGGUCUGGGGCACAGGAAGAAGGGGCUCCAGAAAUCGGUCCUAAGUGGUACUUGAAGGUGACAGAUGAUAUCCCUUUGUUGGCUAUAAAUUCCUAAAGAACUGUAGACCCUGUUGGACAGUGGCUUCAACAAGGACCCCGUGUGCGGGGGAUAAAGCCGGCAGAGCCACACAGGAUUUUGUCACCCCCCCCCCACGAUGUACUGACAAGUCAACCAUGUGUAGCUGUGAGCUGUGGCCUGACCUUGGCGCUAAAUGUCUUCCCCCUUGUAUGUUUGUUUCUACCUCUGACUUAGCGGGGGUCAGGACCUCUACCUGACUGUCACACUAUUGAGUAAUGAUUUUCCAAGGGCACAAUCUCUUUAACCUUUGAAACGGGCACACUAGCUGUGGCACGUAUGUGAUUGGAAGGUUCCCGACAAAAUAAAUACG